UAUGUCACCGGACCGCCCGGUACAGGUAAAACUGUGGUGCUGCUGCUGAUGGCCAUACAGUGGCUGUGGUGUGGUCACGACGUCUACGUUGUCAGUAGUUGGGAUAGGAGUCAUGCAGCGUGCACCAUGCUGUAUCACCUGUUGCUGCAGACAGUAAAGACACAACAGUCAGCAGGUGUAUCACCCGGUCAGCCUCACCAGCUGCUGUAUGAUGUUGGUAAUGAUAAAGACGUGGAGAAGGCCGUCAAUGACUUAUCACAGGCAGCAAGAGGAGGGUCGUUGUACGUCAUCGCUGAUGAAGUGAUCGGGUGAGUAGUACAUCGUGUGAUGUGAUGAUAGACACACAGGUAGAUGUCGCUCGCUGUGAUCUUAUAAUCACCACCAGGUGUUUAAUAAGUGAUAUUUCCUCAAUAAAAGGGACACCUGCCCUGCUCACGCAAGUUUCGUACCAGUCACGAUUCUUCCGCACUGUGUGUGACAAGCUGCUGACACAAGUUCCUGAUCUCCAUCUGUGGGCGGCAUGUUGUUUCCAUGAAAACGCACCCGACUGCUGGCAAGUGGAAUAUUUAACCAGACCCCUCCGCUCUCCGCCGGCCGUCGUUAGGGAAGUCGAGCAGGCCGACUUUAUUACUGACGGAAAUGUUGUCAAGCCGUACAGUGAGCGAGGUGUGCCCGACCACACAGACGGCCCGCCAGUCACACGACUGUAUCACCAAGGUCAGGGUCACUCAGGUCGCUGGCCAGUUGACUGUGUGACGUGCGGUCGUGACGUGGCCAGCUUCCUACACAGUCUCCGUGUUGAUGUUACAGAGAAUGUCGCGACAACAGGCACGACCGUCACCUCCAGCAACGGCGGUACUUCACCAUCCUAUCUACAGUGGAGAGACGUGCUGGUGUUGCACUGGCAUUACGUUAGUGUGGACUCGGGUAUGAUGAAGGGACUGAACGAAGCGGGUAUCCCAGUGCGGGUGAUGAACGACGAUGACAUUGAGGACGUAGCCACGGCCCGCAGUGACGUGGUGUGGGUGACGAACGGAUAUCGUGUUUGUGGUCUGGAGAGAAAAGUCGUCGUCUGUCUGGGGGAAUAUGCUUCAUCCCGGUAUUACUCCAUGUCCCGGUGUACGUCACAACUUGUCAUUGUGACAAUUUAAGCAAUCUGAAGGAUAUCUGACGUCAUAACCUCGUGACGUCAUUCACAUGUUCUGUAUAUAUUUAUAUACACAUGUUGUGUAUGACACAUUUAUAAACACAUGUUGUGUAUGACACAUUUAUUUACAAAUGUUGUGUAUCACACAUUUAUUAUGUGUACGACACAUUUAUUUACACAUGGGGUUACACUGCCUCUCUAUCAGUUGUUACUGUUGUCGACUGCUGUGUGCUUGUGUCAGCCGACAACACCCACGAUGUUAAUUCGUGUUUUCAGUGUCAUUGUGUAGAGAUCAUACGGAUUAUAAUGUUUCCUGUGUCAAAUUUAUUGUGGUGUGUUUUUUAGUUUUUACUCUAAAUUGGUGCUGCUUUCUUCUCUUGACAAUGACAUUAUUCCCUGAUGACCACGACAUUCACUAGAUUAAAAAAAAAAAUCAUACUAACCAGGAUACCAUAAACGAAUAAAAGUAACAUUAAAAUGUUAUUAUGAUCUUUAUUAUGUAGCAUACACAUGUGGCAAACAAACGAAGAAGAACUGCUUAUAAACUUUGUCAAUUAAAAAUUAAGUGUACCAACAGAUUCUACGAUCUACAUAAUUUAAAAAGUUAACAAAUUCUAGUCAACUUAUCCAGUGCUGUUGACGGACUUCACUUGAACACAAUCACCACAAACAUUUCAGGAAUCCAUGGGCCCUCCAUUGCCCUCCUGCAUGAACUAGCGUGAGAGCUAAGUAACGGAUUUCUUCAGUUUAAAGAAGCAGUAUGGCGAAAUAGCAAGUGUGAGGACGGGGUGCAUCGGGCAAAGUGACGAGCGUUGCUAUUCCCACUGACCCAGCUGCCAUGUGAACCCAUGUGACCCCAUGUGAUCUCAUGUCAUGUAAUGAAGAAGGAUGUAUAGAAGUAAGAGGGGGAGGAAACGGGCGCCUUCGAACAAAACAAAACAAUAAUGACGGGAAUAGCAAAUGGAAGGUGAUCUAGAAAAUAUAACUAACCUACCGACGACUGGAUGUGCAGUAAUGAAGAACAGUUAUACUUUUGUAAGGAUUUAAGGAUUCAAAGUAGUCAGAACCGUAUGCCUUUGUGUUUACGUAUCUGUAUAAUACAAAUAUAAGCAAACGUGUAACAUUAUUGAAACAUGUAAAAUAAGCAAGAAAAAAAGCAAUAAAAAUGUCAAAGAAUAA